AUGAGUUCGAGUGUUACCAAGAAGAAACGAUCAGCACCAGCGCAACAACCAAUAGCGUCGGCACAAUCGAAUACACUAACUGGCCUUCUUGAUUGUUACGAUUUUCUGGCUAAACAUGAAUAUUCAGAUAAAACAAUUGGUAUUCAGUCAUUUUUAACUCGGAAAUCAGUUGGUGAUAUCAAUUUUGCGGAUAUUAUUGACGAUGGUGACAAACGAAACCGACCGGGACAACCGAUCAAUUUCGCUGGAAGCUUACAGGAUAAACGUGAUAAUCUACCCGAAAUCGAUGCAUCCAUUGAGAAAUGUUUGAUGCUCAAUCGAUUAAUUAAUUAUAUCAAAGAAAACGAAGCUAAAUUUGCCCGAUUAGUCUUGGAUAUUCGAUUGGAAAUGCAAUAUAGAAUGGCUGAUGAGACUAUGUCUUCACAUUCCUAUGACUUUGCCACACGAGAACGUGAGUUUAACGGACGCAAACAUGCUCAAGAAAUACGUCGAUUGUUCUAUCAAAGUGAUGCUGAAGUCAACAAUCCGAAAAAUCUGGUUUAUUUACAAAAUCGAACGACUGAACAUCUGAAAUCUUUAAUGGUUAGAGCAACGUCGGCUCCGAAGUUGCGUCAGUCUCAACCGUUACAUAGCGAAUUUGAAGCGAUAUUUCGUAGUUCAUUUAUGAUCGUUUCUCAACCACAUUCGGGUGUGAAUCCAGUGACAAUCUACGAACGGAAAGGUCCGGGAGAAUAUACGGCAAAGAUAUCUGUUAUGAUUAUUUGUUUGCUGAAUGAUUUCAUGCAAUUAUAUCCUGAUACAAUCGAACUAUACGACAUAGAACCCAGCUUGUGUCCAUCGUCGGAUUAUUACAAAUUAGAAGAACCGCGUUCACUAUCAUGGAAAACUUGUCAAGUACAAACAAGCGCAACUGGUACAUACCGUACGUUUCUUUGUGCGGAAUUAACUGGUAUAACGAUUGAACAAUCGUCAAAAUCUGAUACGCGUGUUCGUUUUGCUCAAUUAAUUCAUUCGUUUAAAUUUGCUAUUAAACUUCAACUCAAUAUCAACGAUAGUAAAACACCACCGACAUUUCAAUUUCCAUUGGAAUCAUUAGUAUUCGGUAUUGGCGCUCAUAAUAAUCAAAUUCCACAAUUGUUAACACGAAUUAUAAUCGAAGAUAUUAAGCGUUUCUCCGCGGUUAAACCUGUCAACGUUGAAACGAUUCAAUAUUUUAUGCAACGGUAUUUCAUACAUCGAACAGGAGUUUUGCCUAACCUUUGUGUGAAUACCUAUCUCGAACAGGAACUUUUGCGAGCAAAAAAUCAGAGAAGUAGUUUUCAGUCGUUGGAAGACAUUUAUUUGGAUUUUCUGGUCAAUUUUGUGUAUCAAGUGGAAUUCAUGGCUAAACACCCAAUUCUUGCCAUGUUCCAUGCUGAUGGAUUGUUUCUUGGCAUAUGUAAUAGUGAACGAGCUGCUGAGGCAAUCGUUCAAUCCUCGGUUUCCGGCUCGCCCGUUAUUGCGCUUCGUUUUAAUACGAUCCGAAUUGAUUAUAAUGCUAUUGCAUCAUCGGCAACAGCGGGUCGAUCUGUGAAACUUGCUGCUUGUGCUGUUCGUGUCGACAUAUACAAUGAUCGUACAAAAAAAUUACAAAACCGAACAUUCGAUUCUGGUACAUUGGCCAAUGAUAUUAGUAGAUUCGUGACAACAUCUGAAACCGAAAAUGCGAAUCGAAUACGUAUCUUGUCUAGUUUUGAUGACCGAGCGAACGGUCGAAGUUACAUAUCAUUUAAUGAAUUCACGAAAUACUAUGAUAAACGAUUGCAAAAAUUGGUCAAAGAUGACGAAAAAUACAAACCAGUGACCGAUCUGGUGGAAAAUGCAAAUGAUGGAAACACUGAUGACGACAUUUCAGAACUAAACGGUCAAUAUUCGCAAUCCAAUUCGAUACUCAGUCCAAAUUCGUAUGAAACCUGGUCGCCCACGCUAUCGAAUAUGUACGAUGCUGAGAAUAGUCACGAUACGUGUAGUAUUCGUGAUCAUAAUUCCGUGGCUGGUGGCGAGAAUUCAAGUCGUACUAUCACAUUGUCACAGAGUAUCUUAUCUGCGUCGAAUCGACCAACUCCACAACAAGAUACAUAUGUGAAUAUUACCACAGAAGCGAUCAUAGCACAGUUGAUGUCUCGUCCUGAAAUUGCCGAGCAGGUUGUACGCAAACUUGCUGGUGAGAAUUUUCCACUGGCAAUGAAUGCAGGACACCAAACUCCACUUCCUAUGCAAGCACCCUAUCAGACACAACAACCAAUGCCAAUACAGUUUCCACCCCAAGCCAAUUAUCAGCAUCCCACCUUUCCAGUUAUGAAUCCUUCAUAUCAACACUUCUCAAUGCAACCUCCCACACAGUUUCCACAAUCAAUACCUCCACAACAGCAACAACAUCCAAUGCUAGGCCAGUAUCCUUAUUCGAUACAGACGCAAUUCCCUCCAUCACCGGUCCAGCAGCAACAGCAGCAGCAACAGCAACAGCAACAGCAGCAGCAGCAGCAGCAGCAACAACAGCAACAACAACAACAACUAACACAAGUUCCAUAUUCUGAAGCAAUGCAUGCACAAUUUUCCCCGCCGCCAAUUCUGCAACAACAACAACAACAACCGCCAACUUCGACUGUACAUCACCAUCCGACCGAUGAACUGUAUAUGUCUAAUCAUUUACCGUUACUGCCAUCAGGUGAUCCCGAUGGCAUAACAGAACAGUUAUUCGACCAAAUCAUCUUGGACGAUUUAUCCAGUAUUAGUAUAGAUGAAUUUAAUCCGAAUUCUACUCAGUCGCAUCAACCAGAAACGAAUGAGAGUGAAAAGUUAAAAAACAAUCCUCAUGUCUUGCGGAUACGUGAUUAUUUGAUGAAUUCGAAACCCGACCAUCUAACCGAUUGA